GGCCCUUUAUCCUAAUAUUUAUUUAUACAUGGUUGUACGCCCGUCUGACGGAACUGCAAUUCAGUUCCACAGUUCCAGAUUCUGUUAUUCUUAUUGGGUUAUUGAUCUUCAGACUUUUUAUAUUCUGUCUAGUUUAUGUGCCUUAUUGACACUUUUGCUUCGAGAAAAAAAAUCUAGCAAUGUCUCAUCUGACCACGGACAAAUAAAAGAUUAUAAACAAUUUCGCUUAAAUUAUUUAAUUGUUUACUUAUUAGUAAUGAUCGGUGAUUGGCUUCAAGGGCCAUACGUUUAUGCGAUAUAUAAAAGUCAUGGAUUUGAUUUGAAUCAGCAGGCAAUUUUGUUCGUUACUGGAUUCCUAUCAAGUGGUAUUUUUGGAACUAUUGUUGGAUCUGCUGCGGAUAAAUAUGGAAGAAAAAAAUUUUGUUUGCUUUUUGCAUUACUUUAUUCUGCGUCUUGUUUUAUUGUAUUGUCAAAAGAUUUUUAUAUAUUAUUAAUGGGAAGGAUUUUGUCCGGUAUAAGUACAUCUCUCUUGUUUUCGGUCUUUGAAAGUUGGAUGGUUAGCGAGCAUUUUUCUAGAGGAUUUCCUCCUUCACUGUUAUCUGAAACUUUUUCGCAGGCAAUUUAUGGAAAUGGGCUUGUUGCUAUCUUUAGUGGACUAUUAGCAAAUUGGUUAGUCAAGCAAUUUGGGGUCACGACACCUUUUUUAGCGGCGAUUGGUUUCUUUGCAUUAGCAUCAUUGAUAAUUACUUUUACUUGGAAAGAAAAUUAUGGAGGUAAAUCCGAUAAGGAUGAUGCGACAGAAGCUUCAUCUUUGUCUCGAGCUUUGAAAGUUAUAAGCAACGAUUCUCGUGUUCUUGCAGUUGGAGCUGUCCAAUCAUUAUUUGAGGCCUCCAUGUAUACAUUUGUAUUCUUCUGGGGACCAUUCUUAGAAAUUCAUCAUAAAUCAGAAGAGGGAUUGCCUUUUGGUAUGAUUUUCGCUAGAAACUUGAGUGGUCCUCGUAACGUACCUUUAUCUGAUAUUGCACAAAUAACAUUUUUAGUAGCAGGAGUUUCAUUAUUAAUACCAUUACUAUAUCCAAAUGAGACCACAUUGUUUUGCUUUUUUACUUUAUUUGAGAUGACAUGUGGACUUUAUUUCCCUACUAUUGGAACACUUAGAGCUAAAGUUGUACCUGAAAAUUUGAGAGCUACUAUUAGCAAUUUAUUCAGAGUACCAUUGAAUAUGUGCGUUGUAUCACUUUUGGCAAGUUACUGA